GGAUCUCAGUUUUUGUUACUGUGUUCUAAUAAUGUAAUAUCAGCUGAUUAGUUGUGACGCGUGACUUCGAGCGGGGUGAGCGUGCUCGGCGCUUGGGUGUUUCUCAAUUUUAUUCGUCAACCUCAUUUUGUUGACUGUUAUUAAUUCGCGUUAUGUGCAGUGUUUUUGAUGGAGAUGGAAUACAAGAACUGGCUGCAGUUACUACUGAGAUUUUGUUGGGGUCAAAUUCUGUUUGCCGAAAGUGUCAUUUGCAGCCGGUAGAGGUCAUUCUCCACAAAACUGAUCCAUAUUGCAAAAAAUGUUUCUUAGCAUUUGCAACCCACAAAUUCCGAUCUUGCAUUGGCAAGCACAAACUCCUCCCUGCUGGAUGUCCCAUGGUGGUUGGGGUCAGUGGGGGACCUUCUUCCUCUGCUCUUCUCCACUUCAUUCAUCAGGGCAUAACUCUGACGAGCUUAAAAAAGUUGCGAAUUGAUCCCAUUUUCCUUCACAUUGAUGAACAUUGUUCUCCUUUUUCAAUGCAUGAGGCUGAUGGUAUUGAUGUGGCUGAGAGAGCCUGUCGAGCUGUUACCAAGCUGGGACUCAAGUGUUAUUACACAACACUAGAGACUAUCCUUGCAGAGAAACCUGUUACACCCCUACCAUUCCUUCAGGGCAGCAGCUGUGCACAGCUUCGUGACCGUCUUACAACACCUUUACUGCGGACCAAGAUGCAGUGUUUAUUGCAGUCCUGUGGAUCAUUGACGGCUCAGGAGAGUGUGUGGCAGACUCUGCUGCAGCGCUGCCUGGUAUCAGCAUGUGCUAGUCUCGAUCAUUCGCGCCUCAUGCUCGGCACCAGCGCCAGUGCCAUCGCUGCCACCAUACUCUCGUUCAUGGCUCAAGGCAGAGGCGCUUACAUCCCACAGCAUGUGUCUUUCUGCACUGUGGACCGAGUGAUGGGAGUGCAUGUGUACCGACCUUUGCGGGAGCUUAUGGCGGAUGAGCUGAUGCAUUACAACAGACUCAUGGACAUAACCUUCGAGGACCCACCACAACAUAACGGUACGGUGAACGGCUGCACACACAACUUCCUGGGGCGCUUGCAGUCAGAGUUUCCGAGCACCGUACCGACGGUGUUCCGCACUGGCGACAAGCUGCUCGCUUACGACAUCAAAGCAUCCACAGCUUCCAGCACAUUGUCCAUCAAUAGCUCCGGUAUACCUUCCAAUGGUGAUGGUGUGGAGCCAGCUGUUGCAGAAGGUGCUGAGCCAGCUGCUGCUGAAGGGAGCGAGCCAGCUGGUACCGAGCCAGCUGCUGCUGAAGUUACCGAGACAGUUGCUACUGAAGGUACCGAGCCAGCUGCUGCUGAAGUUACCGAGACAGUUGCUACUGAAGGUACCGAGCCAGCUGCUGCUGAUGAAGGUGCUGAGUUGUGUGGUUUUUGCUUCUGUACCUUGGAUACCACUCAGCCUGAAGCCUCUGCCUUGUCAGCGACUGUUGUUUCCACACGUUUGUCCAGGGCUCGUGCCUACGGUGAUAUUGACUCGGACAUGCGGGCAGCUUCUACAGAAUUAAGCCUUGAAAACAACGUAAAAUCAAAGCCUUCAGGAACUGUAUCGCUCGAAGACUCUGAUCAAACAUCUGUGUCUGUAGUUGGUCUUGAUUCUGCCUCACAUGAUGGAUAUACUGUCAUCAUCUCUAAAGCAGAUCUGGACUCUGUUUUGUGCUACGGCUGUCGAAUCGCACUGAAUUCUGUGACUGACGCCACGUUGCUGCCAAUUGAUCUACAGAAAAGAGCCACCGCCGCUUCUUCUGUGAGAAGGGCUCAGCGAGGGAUGAAUGUCGACCAGCAUACCUCAGUACACAAUGAGUGAA